UAGACAAAUUGAAAUCUACCCAAUCUGAGAUUCUCUCCCUGUCGUGGUCGACGACGGCAUUUACGCACAAACGAAAACCCAGUAUUAACCGGUCUUGUGCGACACAUGACUUGUAUCAAGCGCUGAUUUGAUAAAUUUGUUGAUACAAGUGAGAUGUUAGCUGAAGAGACACAUUCCUGUAGUCAAGAUAUCGUAAAACACUAUUGUGUAAACCGGCUUCAAGUUGAAAUAAUAUAUGGUUCUGAGCUGAUAUUAUAAUGGUUUUUGUUUUUGUAAGGCUGUCGAUGCUCAAGAAGACUGCUUCACGGACGAUUACAUUAGCGCAGUUGUGCGUAGGUUCUCCCAUUUCGGACAAGUGCUAUUCUCGAGACAUGUGCGAUUCAAUACACUGGUGUUGACACUCCGGGAUGGCCAACAAGUCAAGGCAGCUUGCAAGAGACGCUUGUUCAAGGUGCGGGGUGUGAAGCUGUACACGUCCUAUACCUCUUCACCUUCAAAGUGGAAUAGAUUCUACUUGAAUCAAAUCGAGAUUUGCAGCAGUAAAACUGGUGCAAUGAACAGCUACUUGAGACCACUAUGGAUUUGUGAUUCCAUCAUCCAACAAGAAGACGAAGCAAUUGCUUCGACAUCGGCUGCGACUCAUGAACCAGCGCCAGUGCAGGUGGAACCUUACCUGGCUCCAAUUGAAUUAGAGGAUGGACAGGAGGAAAUGCCACUUGAGGAAGCCGCACUGAUUAAAGCUAUGCAAGAUUUAGAAUCAUUGAGCUUGAUACCAGCGCCGCCGUUUAUUGCAGUGAUUCCACCUCCACUGCCGCCUUUGUUGAGGCGACUCAUCCGCGCUGACCACCACCCACUACCAUCCUUACCCCCCCACCAUUAGACGUGUUUAUGCUAACACGCUAAUCAUACCACCAUCUAUCCUAUUGGUGGACUUAACAUUGUAAAUAAGAAUGUUUUGGUCGAUUAGAAUUUUUUUGCUUAUGAUUGUAAAUAACAAUGUUUGAUACUAGUCAUUCUAUUUCCUAAGUUUAUGCUAAUCAUACGAGGAUACGUAUCAAAUUGGUGGAUUAGAAUUUUUUGCUUAUUAUUGUAAAUAAUAAUAAUUUUUAGAUGUGCGAUUACGACGCAUACAAUCAUUAUUUCUUGUUUUUCCAUCGUAGAAGAACUACAAUAAUUGCAACUCAGGAAUGCUCCCGUCGAUUCUUAUUUCUUAUUUUGUUUAAUUAAAAACAUAUUGUUUUUAUAUUUUGUGUUAAUAACUUCUUUCUGUGUCCUAGGCUUAGAGUUUUUCUUAUUUGAAAUUAAUUUUUGAAAUCGGAGUUGUGCAAAAUACUUUCCACUCCCGAAUUUUUUUUAGAGUAUUUCAAUAGGGCUAGGUACUUGAAUUGUAAUUAAUAAAGAACUAAUUUCAUAGUACCCUAUUUUAAAACAUGUUUAAAUGAACACUUACAUAAAACACAACUAGUUUCGGCAUUCAAGCCAUUUUCAAGUUUUUUCCAAAAUUCAUUCUGGAAAGAAGAUAAUUUGAAAAUAUUUGUUUACUGGAAAUAGUAAUUCAUUUUUGAAAAAGAAACUUGAAAAUGGCUUGAAACCUGAAACUAGAUGUUAUUUUUUAUAGAAAUGUUUUUAAAAAGGGUACUAUGAUUUUUUUUCUUUCUCAAUUAACAUAUUCUAAUUGCUUUGGUGAAUUUUAGAUGCAUUUUUUACCAGCUUUAACAGUAAAAUAUUUUGUGAUUAUUCUAGUUAUAUCAUAUUAUGAGGGUAAAGGUACAGUUCCUUAGCGGCGUCUCGAGACGUGCGGCUAUAAGCAGGAAAUUAAUAAAUUAUUUCUCUGUUAACAUAUUCGAAUAGCUUUGGUAAAUUUUUACCAGCUUUAACAGUAAAAUAUUUUGUGAUUAUUCUAGUUAUAUCAUAUUAUGAGGGUAAAGGUACAGUUCCUUAGCGGCGUCUCGAGACGUGCGGCUAUAAGCAGGAAAUUAAUAAAUUAUUUCUCUGUUAACAUAUUCGAAUAGCUUUGGUAAAUUUUUACCAGCUUUAACAGUAAAAUAUUUUGUGAUUAUUCUAGUUAUAUCAUAUUAUGAGGAUAAAGGUACAGUUCCUUAGCGGCGUCUGGAGACGUGCGGCUAUAUAAGCAGGAAAUUAAGAAAUUAUUUCUCUGUUGAUUACCAUAUUCUAAUAGCUUUGGUAAAUUUUUUACCAUCUUGAACAGUAUAAUAUUUAGUGAUUGUUCUAGUUAUAUUAAAUAGGAGGGUAAAGGUACAGUUCCUUGGCGGCGUAUCGAGACGCGUGGUUGAAGCUGCCACGAUUAGAGCACAUAGCCUAUAAAUUGAUUAGAUUCAUUAGAAGAAUCCAGCAAAUUCAGGUUUAUGCUCGAGACGCCGCUUAGGAAUCGCACCUCAAGAUACACCCAUUAUCUACAAAUCAUUUCUUGAUCUCUGCAGUAUUAUAAUUUUGUGUUAGAUCUGUAUUAUCAGUUUUAAGCUGGUAGGUUAGUGUCAUAUGAUCUUUGAUGUUGUGAUCUCAUUAUAAUCCAACUGUAUUUGAUAAUCCAACUUGUAACAGUAAAGUUGAAAAUAUGUUCUCAUCAAAUAAAUAAAACUAAUGCAGUU